AUGUCUGCAAUUGGGUCUCUCGUCUUCUGCACAGAUUGUGCCAACAUGUUGGACAGCUCGAGUGGCAGCAUGAAUUCAGUCCUGGUCUGCGAUUACUGCGGCGCGCAUAAUAAAGCCAAAAAUGUCUCAGAUACCGCAUCCAAAACCAUUAUCACCUCCACCCAGCCGUCAUCCUUUCCGUCCCUCCUGCGCCAGAAGCGGUCCGAAAUCCAACAGAUUGAGCGAGGCGACCUGCAAAAUGAAGCUACGAUCAAAGUGACCUGCACCGAAUGCGGGAGGGAUGAGGUCAGAUAUACGGCUGUACAGUUGAGGAGUGCAGAUGAAGGCAGCACUAUUUUCUAUAGGUGCGACUGCGGGAACAAGUGGAACACAAAUAACUGA